AUGCCGAGGGGGUCCGCUUGGGAAGCCGGACAAGGACGGGGUCUAGGGCUUCCACUCAUGCCGGUCCACGUGGUGCACGAUGUACGGCGUUCUGGCGGCUGGUUUUGUUCGCUUGCCGUACACUGGCGUUGCUGCCCGAGGGGAGGCAGACACUUCCUCUACCAGGCCCUAAUCUCCAGUGGCGCUGUCCCGCCGCUGCUGACGGCCCUUGUAGAGCACCUCGACGUGGGGCGGGAGGGGGCGAAGUGGGCGGAGGAAAAGGGGCCCCCGGAGGCGACUACCGGUACCUGUGGCAGCAGAGACCAUACAGGCGGUGGGGGCGGGGGACUUUCGGAAACGCGGCGUGCUGGAGGACCUGUAGACGUGGUCUCGGAGCGCUGGAGAGACGACCCGCAGCUGCCGACGGUGAAGCGGCGACGCCUGGCGGCGUGUGGUUCCGGAGCGGAUCCUCCGGUGCUGCCGCCGCUACCGCCGCCGUCGACGUGGCCUUCCCCCGGCUCUUGGACCGACGUCGGCGGCAUUCCGCUCCCGCUACUUCUUUACGGCAGUAGCCCGCAGCAGCACCUGCCGUACCAUGGCCAUCUCCACCGAGUGCUACUGCGGCGGCUACGAUGUCCCCGUCUGGCCGAGAAAUUGCAGCUACUGCUGGAUCUGAUGUUGGACGAGCAGACGACUGCCGUACAGGCAGGGGGGCUUGAUGGGAGGAAGAAGGGGGUGUCAGCGGCGGCGGCAUCUUGCCCCUCUCUGGAUAUCGGCGGCGACGGCAGCAACAGCGGCAGCUUCAAGGUGGUGCGAGACGGCUGUAGCAGCGACGGGGCUGCCGCCGUGGGUAUGAACGGGGUUCCGCCGCCGCCGCCGCCGCCGCCGCCAUCAGCGCCGCCGAUAGCGCAGCUGCAGCUACAGCAGGAUCUCGACGAGGUGGCGGAGGGGGAGGAGCCGCAUCUGCAGUUGGUGGGCUGGCGGCAAGCUGUAGCAGCGCUGCCUGUGGCGCAGCAGCCGCCACCGCCGCCGCCGCCGCCACCGGCGGUUCUCCGUGACCUAGCGAGUCUGGUGAUGCUGUUGGCGGACGCCGCCGCCGCCGGUGCCGCCGCCGCUUCCGGAGAAACCGUUGGGGCGAUUGCGGAGCCGCCGGAGUCUGAAUCUGGUUGGAUGAGACGUCGUGAUGGUGCGGUCCGUGUUGGUGUUGUCUCCCCGGGGGAAGUGGAUGUGGUUCCGGAGAGGGCUGACCGCCGACUACUGCCGUACGUACGGCAGGCACGCAGCACGAUAUUGCCGUACAUGGUCGACAGGGUGGAUGUGGACCUUGUAAAGGGUGGCUCCGAGCGCUUCACCGCGACUGCUGUACCUACCACCGCCGCUACAGCCCCGCCCGCCGCCCACUCGCCGCCCGCUGGGGUUGCUACGGAUUGGGUAGCGGCGCCGCCGCCGCCACUAGCACCCGCCGCGGACGACAUGGAGUGGCUCCUAGGGCUACCCGCCGGGGCGAAUGUGUACGGCAGUCCCCCCGGCCGCCAAGGUCUAGCCGCCCACUACGACGACCACUGCGUGCUGGUGCUGCAGCUGCAGGGCGCCAAGGAGUGGCUGCUACAGCCGCCACGGCUACUGCCGGCGCAGCUGCUCCCUCUCACCUAUUGCCCCCGCCUGCCGCUGGGGCCCCUCGGCGCUACAGCCACUACAACCAGUACCGCGCAUAUCGGCGACACCACGUACCCGGUGCUUUUGCCGUCUUUGCGUGGCAUCGAGGCGGCGGCGAAAUCCGCCCCGGCCACCGCGGAGGGUGAGAGGUGGAGAGCUGCGCCGCCUCAGCCGCCCCUGCACGCCCAUGCAUACGCUGUGUGCGGUAAACAGGUAGAAGGGACGUUCAGCUGGCAGGCAGUGGCGCAUUGCGCGGUGGCGCUGGCGGCGGCGGCGGUGCGCCGGCAACGGCAGCAGCCCCGGCAGCGCUGGCGGCAGGCGCGCGGUGGCGCUGGGGAGCCGCGGCAAUGCGAGCCCCUGGUGAGGAGCCGGCGACCUGACGGCCCGGCGGAGGCCAACCAUUCGUCAAGGCUGCUGGGGGCCGCCGGCGGAAAGGGGGGGGAGGAGAAGGAGGCGGAGGAGGAGGAGGAGGAGGAGGAGGAAGGGGAGGAGGUGGCGGCGGCGGCUGAGGAGGCGGCGGCUGCGGAGGGGGAGGCGGCGGCGGCGGAGGGGGAGGAGGAGGAGGGGACUUGGCGGCAUGUUGCUGCAGCGGCGGAGGCGGUUGAGGGCUCAGCUGGUCGGGGGCUCCCCGACCCCACCCUCGCGGCGCAGGUCCUGUUACAUGCUUGGCUGGUGCACACCACCUUCACCACCACCCGCCCCGGGCCCCGGCUGGUCCUCCGUAAGGCAGCACCUCUCACAGCCCUAGCACGCGCACCCACCCGCACAUCAUCACCGCCACCACCGCCACCACCAUUAACAGUGCAACCACCGAGAACAACUACUGCCGUACAAGCAUCCGCGUUUUCACCUGCUUCAUCAGCAGCAUCUGCUUCAUCAGCAGGGCCGGCGGCAGCGGCCUCAGGUGCCUUGUUGCAAAACCUGCAGCGCUGCCUGAAUCCGGAUUUGGAGUUGGAUUUGAGUGAGGAUUGGGAAUGGGGCCUGGAUCGUCCUCAAGGAUUGCGCGAGGAACAUCAUCGCGAUCGAAAUCCAGAUUCAAAGUCGGAUUGUGGUCGAGUUCUGAAAAUAGAUCCAGGUUCCAAUCGUCCAGAUCCCCGCGGCGAAGUUGCACCCGCGGCGCCGCCGCCGCCGCCGCCUGCUGUUGUGGCGACACGGCGACUAAUGUGGCUGUUGCAACAGGAUUGGCAACGCCAACAACAACACCAAGUAAACCAACAAGACCAGGAAGAACAACUCCAGGGGCAUCAUCAUCAUCAUCAUCAUCAGGACGGUGACGAGGCUCUUCCGAAGGCUCAGGGACGUCACAACCAAGAGGUGGUGGUGGGAGGAGGCGGGGGAGGAGGGGAGGGGGGUGUACAGGAGGGCGGGGGCGGGGCCGAGUGCGAGGACGGAGGUGAGGGAGGUGUCCGCGGGGACUCGCGGUGCGUGUGGCCAUGCGGGGGGCCGUUGAGGGCCGCGUUUGGGGAGCUGCAGCGCCGGCAGGUGGGCCUCAUGGCCGCCGCCGCGACGGCGCCCUGUGGCCCGUACGGCGUACCGUACUGGCUGGAAUGGACGAUCGGGCUGCUGAAGUCCCGGAACGGCGUGUCGGCGCAGCGGGCAGUCCUGCGCGGAUGCAGCGGCGGUGCUAGCCUCGGCGGUGACGGCAACAGCGGCGGCGGCGGGUUUGGUUCUGGCGAUGGUGGAAACGGCGAUAGUGGCGACGGCGGCUGCUGUGCGUACGGCAGUAAUGCCGCUGCUGAUGUUGAUGACGAUCCGUUGUGGCGACGGAGCCGCCCCGCGGGUGUCUGCCGCCCGGUGGCCCGGGGACACGAGUUCCUUUUGGCGGCGGGAGGCCGGGGAGGCGGCUUGUUUGGGGACGCGGCGGCGGGCGAGGCACGCCCUGUUGGCGUUGCACACCUAAGCGGGCGGAAUGAGUAA